GGGAGGCCCAGGGAGCACCGGCUCUGUCUCCAGCCGCCGGGCAGGCGAAGGUGGGGCCUGAGGCAAGCGCGGGCCAGCCACUGCCGCCAUGCCCUCCGAGUCUCCUGUGGGGCCCUCAACUGGGGCGGACCCCAACACCACGGCGGCGGCAGCGCCAGGGGCCAACUUCAGUGCACCCGGGAGGUCCCUGCUGCACCUGUUUGCAGUGCUGGACGAGGAGCUGCACACCGGCUUCCCGCGCCUGUGGCUGGCCCUGAUGGCCGUGCACGGGGCCAUCUUCCUGGCGGGGCUGGCGCUCAACGGGCUGGCGCUCUAUGUCUUCUGCUGCCGCACACGGGCCACGACGCCGUCAAUCGUGUACACCGUCAACCUGGUGGUGACCGACCUGCUGGUGGGCCUGUCCCUGCCCGCGCGCUUCGCCGUCUUCUACAGCACGCGGGGCUGCCUGUCCUGCGCCUUCCCGCACGUCUUCGGCUACUUCCUCAACAUGCACUGCUCCAUCCUCUUCCUCACCUGCAUCUGCGUGGACCGCUACCUGGCCAUCGUGCAGCCCGAGGGCUCCCGCCGCUGGCGCCAACCCGCCUGCGCCCGGGCCGUGUGCGUCUCCGUGUGGCUGGCGGCCGGCGCCGUGACCCUGUCCGUGCUGGGCGUGACGGCCGGCGGCGGGCCCUGCUGCCGCGUCUUCGCACUGACGGUGCUGGAGUUCCUCCUGCCGCUGCUGGUCAUCUGCGUGUUCACAGGCCGCAUCGUGUGUGCGCUCUCGCGGCCGGGGCUGCUGCACCAGGGCCGCCGGCGCCGUGUGCGGGCCAUGCAGCUGCUGCUCACUGUGCUCGUCAUCUUCCUCAUCUGUUUCACGCCCUUCCACGCCCGCCAGGUGGCCGUGGCGCUGUGGCCAGAUGUGCCACGCCACACCAGCCUCGUGGUCUACCACGUGGCCGUGACCCUCAGCAGCCUCAACAGCUGCCUGGACCCCAUCGUCUACUGCUUCGUCACCAGCGGCUUCCAGGCCACCGUCCGCGGCCUCUUCCGCCGGCAUGGAGUGGAGAGUGAGCCCGCUGUUGGUGUCGUGGUCAGCAUGCGCAAGAAUUCGAGGGACUUGGGCCACCACUGCACCCUCAGCACCAGCCCUCGCGCCCUCUCGCAAACCCUGGCUAACGGGCCCGAGGCAUAGCUGGCAGGAGCUGCAAGGGGGACAAAGGUCAGGAGUGGGCUGAGCUUGCCAGGUCAGGACCAGCUCUGCCUGGAUGGCGAAUCGAUUUCUCCUUCAUCAAUUGGUGAUGGCUGCCCAGGGCACAGCAUAGCGAUUCUAAGGCUGCUAUACUCUGGCUGAUUAACAAUGUCUGCCACAGGCUGCACAUGGGGUAUGGUGCUCUGAAGAUGAUCCCUAACCCCUAGAGUCCACUGAAAACUGAGAGGGUGGCCAGGAGCUCCUCCUUGCCUGAGCCAUUCUGUCCCCAGAAGGGGGUCCUCAGAGAAAGGGACAAAGUUUUUCUACACACUGGGGACUCCAAGGAGAGUUUAAAAGCCAACCUGAAGAGGUCUCCUCCUUCUCCCCAGACCCCCUUCUCCAUCCGCCCCCUCAGAGAGAACAAGCACAGAAAGGAGACGUCAGGGACACAGCAUCACAUGAGUGACGUGAGGGGUCCAUGUUUGGGCAGGACCCCCCACCAAAGGAUCCCAGAUUUGCAUGGUAAGACCAGAGGCCACCUGGGGUGCGCUUUGCUGUGAUCCGGUACUUGAUCUGGGUUGACCCUUGACCCUGAAGCCACCCCACAGAGGAGAGGCCUCUUCUCCGUCACCCGCCGUGCAGGGGAGGAGGAGCAGCAGCCGCUGGCCUUGGCUGGGGCUGCCCGGUCCCAGUCGGAGCCCCGCCCUUCGUCCCCCAGGGAACACCCCCCUCAUGCCCGUCUUGUGGCAGCUGCUCAAACCUCCCCAAAGCCCCCACUCCAGGAAGGCUCUCAGAGACCCUGCCUGCUGCCCCAGGGGCUGGUGGGGCUCACGGCCUCCUCCUAGGGAGGAGAACACCAGGGGCAGGGGUACAGUUGCCUUCCCACAUACUGACAGCCCCUCGCUCUCCCCUGGGAGGCAGGGCUCUGCCUUCUCGGGCUCUGGCUUCUGGUUGCCUCCUCCAUUCUGGACUCCAGGAUUGCCUCCCUAUGCCUUCUGGUCCCCACCCCUGCCAUCCCGCCUUCUAGCCUCGGCUCCUCGGGGACUGUAAGGGCCUCGGGCCCAGGGAGCAUUCUGCCAUUCGAGCUUCGGAGGGGGCUGCCAGUCUUCCAGGGCUGGGGCAGGAAUGGGGGGCUGACCUCAUACCUCUGAGAGCUCGGACUGAAGGCCCCUGUGCAGAACCCUUGCAAGUCGGGCCUCUGUUUCCCCCGUCUCCCUUGGCCUUGCCCCCGGAGGGGCUGGGGGCUGGCCCCCAUGCUCCCACAGGUGUUCGCUCCCUUCUCCUGAGCCUCAGGGGCCAGGGUGCGAGGCCUCUG